UGUCAGGUAGGUGAGGAAGGAAAGUUCCUAUAGGCGGCCGCUCUCCUGUCUACAGCUACCUGGAUACCUGGAAAUCUUCUGUAGCAUGUGGCUGCCAAGAGCUGACAAUCAUGUCACAGUUGUGUCAGAGGACUAAGAACCCGUGACCCCCUCUCCGCAGUGGCCCCCUCCAAGAGAGAACAGAUAGCGAGUAACAGUGGAAUGGCCCCUCACCAUGACAAAGAUAUCAAAAAGAAUCUCCUUAUAUGAUAUUUUCCAAGAAGAUCACAGGGAACAGAAUGUGAUUCCUUCAAAUACACCCGAAGACGAAGCCCCAGCCAAUGGGAGCGCAGUACAGCCGGUGGAUGAAGCUGCUGUGAUUAUAUCAACAGUGACCGACCAACAAAAUGUUGUUGGGUCUGAGAAGACAUCCCUGUGUUCCCUGCAGCGCGUCUCCAGGAUCCUUGUCUGUAUCUCCAGUAUCCUGUCUGUUGCAGCAGCAGCUCUGUCCAUCCUUCUCAUCUUGCAAUAUUUCUAUCACCCGGUGGUGCAGCAAGCCUGUCCAGACUACUUGGAGACUUGUGCUACCUCGUUAAACUGCUCCUUUGCAGAUGGUGCCAACCUCUGCCCACCUAGCAGACCGCCAAGCAACCAGACCCUGGCCAGCAAGUACAGGAACCCGGUAUUGCUGCUGACGGGUCGCUCAUUGCUGCAGCUGUAUAGUGUGAACGCCGGCCGGUAUUACACCGUCUGUCACCAGGGCUGGAAGAGCUCCCAUGGCUGGACAGUGUGCCGAGAACUGGGGUUCAAUAGCCAGAGCAUAUUAUCAUCACCUGUACCGCUUAGUGCCACAGACCCCACCUGCCCGGAAUCCUUCGCUGUCCUGAACAAAACCGUUGUACCACCUGCUAACCUAGAGGGAUUCCUCAGCCCUGUGGAAAUGUGUCCAUCCCAAGAGGGCGUGUCACUGCAGUGCACAGACUGUGGUCGCUCUGCCGCUGAGAAUCACCGUAUAGUAGGAGGUUCUCCGUCAGCCUGGGGACGUUGGCCAUGGCAGGUCAGCCUGCGUUGGGAUGGACGCCAUGUGUGUGGAGGAUCCAUUAUUUCAUCCCAAUGGGUGAUGAGCGCUGCGCACUGCUUUGUUCUGUCCAACUUCCUCACUGUUGGUAGGUGGAAGGUCCAUGCUGGUUCUACCUCCCUCAACCCAUCAACAUCUCUUUCCAUCCACAACAUCUACUACAAUGGGCUAUACAACCCUGAAAGCAAUGACUACGAUGUGGCCCUGCUGAAAACUAGCCAGCCAAUGGGCUUCUCUGAGACGUUGCGGCCUGUAUGUCUGCCCAGAACAAAGCAGGAGUUCAAGGCAACAGGAAACUGCUGGAUCAGUGGCUGGGGACACGUCAGCGAGGGAGGGCAACUGUCUCCAGUUCUCAGAGAGGCCAAGGUGCACCUGAUCAGCAGCCAGAUCUGUAACCAGUCCUCGCACUACCCCGGACUGAUCACUGCUCAGAUGUUGUGUGCUGGCUACCUGGACGGCAAAGUAGACUCAUGCCAGGGAGAUAGCGGGGGGGCCCUGGUCUGCCAGGAAGGGGGCCUGUGGUGGCAGGUUGGCAUUGUGAGCUGGGGAGAGGGUUGCGGGAGACCCAAUCGGCCUGGAGUCUACACCAAUCUCACUGCACUCCUAGACUGGGUGUAUCACCGCCUUCAGACGGACAGUGAGAUUCCAUGACAAGAAGAUCAGCUAU